UUUCAAUAUUUUAACUACUUUUUCAUUCAUUUGAUGAUCAUUUUUUCUAAAGUUUAGUAGAAAUUAAAUAAACCAUAACAAGAUGUGCAACAUGGCUUGGAGCCCAUGCCCUCCUCAUCCCACCUUUGCUUCUUCUAAGAGAAGGCAUAAAUCAAAACAAUCCAAGGUUCAAAUUUGCAGGCUUUCCAGGAAAAAGUGGGAAGAAAAUGUGGAGAAAGACAUGGAACUAAUGAACUUGAAGCUGUACCUGGAGAACCAAAGCAUUAUUGAAGAGAAUGAGAAGUUGAGGAAGAAAGUCAAUCUUCUUCAUCAAGAAAGCUUUAAUGUCCGAGUACCAGAAGAAGUUCAUUCGAAUCGUUUUCCGACCACCCUUUUGCUUCUUCUGCAACAAAAAACAUUGAUGGUGAAGCUUAAGAAAUACUUAAUUAUUUUCAUCCUUGAUCCCUUUUAG